AUGUUAAAUUUCUGGCAAUAUAUAAUGAACUGUGUGAAAACUAUGGAGAGCACCCUCUCAAAUCAGUAGUUGAUGCUUUUUACAUUAACGUAAAAUCUGAAUAAUUUGGUAAUGAUCAGCCCAUUUUUAAUAAAUAUAGAUGACUUAGAUAUAAACUUGAGUGGUAGAAGUAUAAAUGAGAGAAACUUUGAUACUCUUUUACAAACAUUGAUCAUGUGCAAUUGCAGGAUUGGUUCAUUGAAUUUGUCUUACAAUUUAUUCUUCAAAGAUCAUUCACUCAAAAGUCUAAUAGAAUACUUGGAGUAAAAAACAAGCGCUCUGAUAUAGCAUGGAUGCCGUAAUAUUUCAUUUAGCCCUAUCUUAAAAUCAAUCAGAAUAGGCGACUAAAAUGCUGUGUAAUUAAUUGAAGCCACUGUUUACUCCACUCAGAUUAAGGAAUUAAACCUUGCUUAGAAUGGACUUGGUUUUAAGACUGGGUCAGCUCUUGUAAAUCUACUCUAGGAAAUCAAAUUAAGGAAUAAAUAAGAUCAGCUUAAAUUGACCAAGCUAGAGUUAUCAUUCAAUCUGAUUAGUGAUUCUAUGAUCAAACGAAUACAAUGCUAGAUGCUAGAAUUCUAAUAAUAACAGCUAGAAUAAAAUCAGAGCUAAAAUCUAGUCUUGGAGCAGCCCAUAUAAAAUUCAAUAUCUAAAGUGAGAAAGAGUUUUCAAACUCCUUAAAGCUCGUAAAAGUGUAAUAAUAGAAGUAACCAAAAGUAUAAAGAUAUUUAAACGAACAUCAAAUAAGCUAUAUAGCAUCCCUUAUCAUGUAUUAACAGAUCUAUAGCUUAGACUCCAAUAAGGACUUAUUAGCAAUGUCAACCAUAAUCAAGUACUACAACUAAUAAAUCAACUAAUAGAUCUUUUACAUGUGUGAAAAGUAACAAAUCUUUGAAACUUUAAUAAAAAGAGUCAUAAUCAUAAAUAGAUAGAAGUUAUUAGAAGUAAAAUUAAUCUCUCCUUGAGAAAAAUGUUGAGUUUAAUAAAUACCAAUCAGCUUAGGAGUAUGAUUUUAAUUAGAUUAAUAGUCACGAUAGGUAGAAACUGCUAUUGGUCAGGAAGAAUCUGUCAAAAUUAUUACAAAGCAAGCUGUCAAGACAAUCAGACAUGGCUGAUAACACUAUGAUACUUUCAAGUAUAAAAUCAGAUAAUUCCAUUCAGUUUUAGUAAAACUCAUAAGAGUCUCAAUCAUCUGAUAUACCUUCUCUUUAUCUAGCUGGAGAGCAGACAAAGAAGCAUGUUCAAGUAUCGUAGGAUUUAAGAAACCAAAUACCACAAAUAACUUAAUUUAAUACUGAGACUAUAGAUUAAAUACUUCAUGACGAUUCAUAGCUUCAAAACAUUAAAGAAUAUCUCUAAGGCGAAGUAAAUAAAUAUUAACUUAUUUUGCAAUAAAUUGAAUAACAUGAAUCGUCUAAUAAGCAAACAUAGCAAGUAAAAUAACUUGUCAACAACCUAAAAUUUCUCAAAGAUAAGCUGUACUAUAAUACUUGCAAAAAUAGUAGCUCAACAAAGUCUUAGAUCUAAAAUAUGAAAAGUAUGAAGGAGAACGUAUACCCUGAUUCGACUGCUUAAUUUAGCAUAGUUGCUUUGAGGCAAAUUGAUGAAGAUGUUUUGGAUUUAAAACAAUCUGAUAGAUAUACACAGUCUUCAAACAGAAGCUAUAUUCAGGCUAAUUUUGAUUAGAAACAAUGA